AUGGAGGCCGCCGCGGCCAUCCGGAGCGCGGCCGCGCCGCGGAUGCGCCUCGCCGGGAGGAGCAGCAGGGGAUCCGGCGCCGCGGCGGCGCGCGCGAUCCCGGUCAGCCGCAGCGACUGGCAGACGGCCUGCGCCAUCCUCUCCAGCACCAACGACUCCCCCACCCCGCCGGCGCCGAAGGUGAACGGCCAGAACAACAUCAACAAGCUAGCCGCGCCGGCCAUCCCCGGCUCCGAGGACGCCGUCUCCGGCCUGGAUCUGGUGCUGGCCGCGGGCGCGGGGAACCUGCCGCGCCCGCUCAGCAUCAGCGACCUGUCCCCGGCGCCGCUGCACGGCGCGCAGCUGCGGGUGGCCUACCAGGGCGUGCCGGGCGCCUACAGCGAGGCGGCGGCCGGGAAGGCGUACCCGGGGUGCGAGGCCAUCCCGUGCGACCAGUUCGAGGUGGCGUUCCAGGCGGUGGAGCUGUGGAUCGCCGACCGCGCCGUGCUCCCCGUGGAGAACUCCCUGGGCGGCAGCAUCCACCGCAACUACGACCUGCUCCUCCGGCACCGGCUCCACAUCGUGGGCGAGGUGCAGCUCCCCGUCCACCACUGCCUGCUCGCCCUCCCGGGGGUCCGGCGGGAGCUGCUGGCCCGGGUGAUCUCGCACCCGCAGGCGCUGGCGCAGUGCGAGCACACGCUGACGCGCAUGGGCCUCAACGUGGCCCGCGAGGCCUUCGACGACACAGCGGGCGCCGCGGAGCACAUCGCGGCGCACGCGCUCCGCGACACGGCCGCCAUCGCGUCGGCGCGCGCCGCGGAGCUGUACGGCCUCCAGGUCCUGGCGGACGGCGUGCAGGACGACGCCGGGAACGUGACCCGGUUCGUGAUGCUGGCGCGGGAGCCCAUCAUCCCGCGGACGGACCGGCCGUUCAAGACGAGCAUCGUGCUGGCGCACGACCGGGAGGGCACCUCCGUGCUGUUCAAGGUGCUGUCGGCGUUCGCGUUCCGGGACAUCAGCCUGACCAAGAUCGAGAGCCGGCCGCACCGGCACCGGCCCAUCCGGCUGGUGGACGACGCCAACAUCGGCACCGCCAAGCACUUCGAGUACAUGUUCUACAUCGACUUCCAGGCGUCCAUGGCCGACGUGCGCGCCCAGAACGCGCUCGCCGAGAUCCAGGAGUUCACGUCCUUCCUCAGGGUGCUCGGCAGCUACCCCAUGGACAUGACGCCCUGGGACGCCGCGCCGUCGUCCUCCUCCUCCGAUCAACAGCAGCGCGGCUAG